AGCAACAGGAAGUUCCUUUUCUUCUUCUCCACUUUUGCUGUCGCUAAUGUGUUUCUUUAAGAUUCCUCGAACUUUCUCCCGAUGUAUUUUUUUUUUCCUUCAGGGAACAAACAAUCCGCAGAAUAGAGACUCCCUGAAAGACAGAAAAAACAAAAGACACACGAGAGCUGAGGGCGUCUUCUGAACAAAACUCCUUCUGGUUUUGCUCCAAAGAGGCCAGACGAAGUGAGGCGUCUGGGAAAAGUUGAAGACUUGGCCCGGGACAAGAUGAGCUAACUUCGAAAACUUCCUCGGCCGUUUUUUUUCCUCUGGAGGACGUAAAGGCUCCUGUGAGAGGCUCACUGCGCAGCUUCAGGUUAGCUUGUUGAAAACGAGUCUACUAGAGUCUCCUCGGGUUCUAACAGUCUGCAUGUCUAAUAACCAGAUGGAAGGAGAAAAAGAAAAGCAGUGGGAGCAGCAAGAGGAGAAGGAAAGCAACGAAGCAGAGGACGACACAAGAAGCGAUGAUGAAACCUGCAACGAAGUGGAGGAUGGAAACUCUGAGAGGGCGGUGAUGGUUUGGCAAGAGGGCCACGAGAAGGACGAUCUGGGCAAUCCCAUCAUGCACUGGGAGGCUCUGAGCCUGUGCAUUGCUGAGCUUGAGAAGCAGGAGGAGGAGAAAAAAGCGAAGGCCGGAGCCUCUCCGGAGCGAGGCGGGGCCCCCAGGGGCCCCAUCGAGGACCGGGGCAGAACCGCCGGCAGCUGGGACGACGGCAGCGACGCCUGCAACAGCCAUGUUCUGGCUCUGACAUCACGCCUGCAUACACAGAUGAAUCUCCAGCUCUGCUUCAUCAACAACAGUGAAAGUGAGGAGGAAGAGGAUGAAGAGCAGGAGAAAGAUGUGUGCAGCAAGAAGAGCAGCAGCUCCUGGAAGAGGACAGCACCGGCUCAGAAGAACUCCCAGAAUCCUUCCAUGUCUGAAGAGCCAAAGUCCAGAGGCUUCAGGAACACCCUGAGGAACCUUCGAGACCGGCUGAGGACCGACCAGAGAAAAAAGACAGCCGGUCGUAGAGAAGCAGCGGCCCAGCGGACCCACCUGGAGCUCAGCGAUGUGGAGCGGCUCAGUGUGGAGCAGCUGAAUUCACUCUGUGCGUCUCUCAGACAGGACAUACAAGACCUGAGCUCUGAGCUGGUGAGUCGCCUCCACAUCCGGGACCAGCUGAGGACGGAGCAGGACGCCAUGCUGCUGGAGGUGCAGGAUCUGACCGCUCUGUGAUGCGUCCCGUUUCGAGCAUCGCAUCGGAUUUUUGCACAGAAACCAUUUCAACAGAGCGAGCGCACAGCUCAGGUAGACUCAGACAUUCACCACCACAGUCUUCCUGUCGGUACUCUAAAUACAAACUUCCAAAGUUUGCACUAGGAUAGAAGAAACACUCACUCCAGUCACUCCGGGUUUGAUGGUCUGUCUGCUGAGAGUCAUCACCACUUCACCUGUGAGUUCCUUCACAGCACGAACACAUGGGAGAGAUUAAUCCCAGCUUGCGUUGCGCUGGUUUCUCUCACUAACUGGCUCCUCAGGCGACCCAGCUGUGGACGGUGACUUUUGGAAAUGUUUCAAGGUCACACAACUCAGAAUGUAAGAAGAACGUCCAGGAGCUUCAGUCAGAGGCAGCUGGACUUCUUCUCUUGUUUCCUAAUGACGUUGGUCUUCUUCGGUUCUGAACAUGGUUGAAGCAGGCCUGUCACAAUAAACAAUAAAUCACAUGAUAAAUGAAAAGAAACUCAAAACUUUUCAUCUUUAUUGAAAAAA